AUGGCAGCAAUCGCAACGCGCAGAUCUCCUGAUCUCGCAAAUGGGAAUUCCAAUUCAAAAAGUGUCAAGGGAGCUCGGAAAGCUUCCGGAACCCGCGAUCACAACCAAACCGCACCAAGCAUUGAAAAGUACGGAGAAAACGAAGCACCCGAGCUCCAUACCGCCGACGACCCUCACCCACAAUUCGCGCCCAAGGCCACCUCAGGCCCGAGGGCUUCUGGCGCGCCUGUGCGAUCGUUUUCCGCGAGAGCGGCUGCGAAUCUAAAUCAUACCACCCGCAAGCCAGCACCACUGGCUCCGCCAGGGCUGCCUGAAGAAUCCACGACGCCUCGUGGCCUUCCGUCAAUGGAUUAUCCCACUGGCCUAGAGGCGACCGCACAGGAGAAUGAGGAGCCAAUGCCAUACUCGGAGGCUCCCACGGCCCCAAUGAGCGACUCUCAUUCUCGGCGGGAUUGGGCGUCUGACCGCUCGCCACUACAGAAACUUGAAGUAGCCUUGAAUGGAAUUAGCAAAGAGGAGAAACGUGCGAGAGUACAAGAGGCAGAAAUGCGACUCCGCGAGCGCCUGGCGCGACAGAAAGCCGAGAAAGAGAAAGCCGAAUUCGCUGCCGCAACUGCGGCGGCUGCCGCCGCAGCAAACACCGCAUCGAGGCCCAGAUCGAAGCAGAGUACACACACAGAGGAUCAAUCCGGCGCCACAGCGGCCAGAAAUCCGAAGCAGCAGGAUAUGGUCCUUGAAGAUACGAAUCGAGAGCCCCCCCAGCAUCACAACCCCUCGUAA